AUGGCCUUGGAACUUGGUUCCAACUCAAGUGAAUUUGCUCGGAACCGAGGCCCAAAACUCGUGUUUUAUGAAGGCAGAUUCAAGAAGGGCUUAAGGCAAUGGGGUCGUGCCAUUGGGCCUGAGCCUGGGGCCCAUCUGGGUCUUGGGACCUCGAUGCCGUACAAGUUUCGAUUGAUGCUUCAAGAGGACUUGGAAAAUUCUAGAUCUGUGUAUGAGACAUUGCACUUUUGUCCACAACAAAACUUUGAACGAAUCCAGGAGGUCCGCAAAGCUCUUGAUUGUUGGCUGGACACAGAAAACACCAUGUGGCACCAAUGCACAAAGCAAAUGUGGAUCACAAAUGGAGAUCGAAACACAGCUUUUUUCCACCGAAAAGCAUCCAAUCGCAAGCAGAAAAACUUCAUUGAAGGUUUAACCGAUGAACAUGGCAGGUGGCAGACUGAUGAUCACUCAAUGGAGCAAAUUACUUUGGGCUAUUUCUCUAAUAUUUUUCACUCCAAUGGUCCCACAGACACUUUAGCAGUUGUUGCAGCAAUCAAACUAGUUGUUACUGACUCUAUGAAUAGAUUCUUGUGCCAACCCUUCCAAGCAGAUGAGGUCCAUCGAGCAUUAAAGCAGAUGCAUCCAAAGAAAUCAGCAGAUCCUGAUGUCAAGAACCCUACAAAAAUAACACAAUACAGACCCAUAAGCUUGAGCAAUGUCAUCUCGAGGCUAGCCUCAAAAGUCAUUGCAAACAGACUUAAGAGGUUCCUACCAAAAAUAAUCAGUGAACACCAGAGUGCCUUCAUGGAUGACCGCCUUAUCACUGAUAAUGUCUUGGUCGCUUUUGAAACCAUGCAAUACUUAAACCAGAAAAGAAAUGGUAAAAUAGAGGAGAUAGCCUUAAAGCUUGACAUGAGUAAAGCUUUUGAUAGAGUGGAAUGGGCUGCCUUUGGGAUAUCAUGCAUAAGAUGGAUUUUGAUAAAAAAUGGGUUAAAUGGUAAGCCCCACGGCCACAUCAUCCCCUCUCAGGGUUUGAGGCAAGGGGAACCCAUCUCUCCUUUCCUUUUUCUGUUUUGUGCAGAGGGACUCUCAUCUCUUCUCCAACAGGCCACAACAAUUGGUCUACUUAAAGGAGUAGCAGCCUGCCCACUCGGCCCACAGAUUUCACUUCUCUUUUUUGCAGAUGACAGUAGAUCAAAAAAGAACAUAUUCCGUGCUCUGAAGGAAAGAUUAGACAAUAAGCUUUCAAGAUGGAAAGAAAAACUGCUCUCUCAGGCAAGAAAUGAGAUUCUCAUUAAAGCAAUGGCCCAAGCAAUCCCAACUUACACAAUGAGUGUUUUCAAACUCUCAGAUACACUUUGUGAUGAGAUGACUAGUAUGGUGCGCUCCUUCUGGUGGGGCCAAACAAAUGGAAGAAAUAAAAUGCCAUGGUUGUCAUGGGAUAAAGUUUGUGUUCCAAAAUCUGAUGGUGACUUGGGAUUUCAAAAUCUAAAGGCUUUCAACUUGGCACUUCUCUCCAAGUAA